GAUUAUAUUUUCCAUUUUUAUUUAUAUUUUCCAAUAGACUAUUGGAUUUACUUGCCAUAGUCAGAAAAUGUCAGUAUCAAAUAACAUGUUAUGUCAGUAUGCUUAUGAUGGAAACCUGGAAAGUUUAAAAGAUAUUAUUUGUGCCCAAAAAGAAGUUGCAAGUGUUAAAGAUCAGGAUGAACGUCAGCCAUUGCAUUGGGCUUGCUCUGCUGGUCACCUUUCUAUUGUUCAAUAUUUACUUAAUGAUUGCAAUGUGCCUAUAGAUCAGCCUGAUGAUUCUGGGUGGACGCCUCUUAUAAUUGCAUCAUCAGCUGGUCGUGAUUUAAUUGUAAAAGAGUUAUUGAGAAACUCAGCUGAUCCUAAUAAACAAACAUCAACUGGUUGCACUGCACUUCACUAUGCAGCUUCUAAAAAUCGUUAUGAGAUAGCUCAAUUAUUGAUUGCUUCAGAGGCAGAUGUUAAUAUACAAGAUAGAAAUACUUAUGCAAGCCCCCUUCAUAGAGCUGCUUCAUUAGGGAAUAUAAAAAUUGUAAAUCUAUUAUUAGACCAUAAAUGCAAAAUAGACGUUCAAGAUUCACAGGGAAACACACCAUUACAUUUAGCAUGUGAGGAGGAGAGAGCUGAUGUUGCAGAAUUAUUACAUCGACACGGUGCUUCUCUUGUUAUUCAAAAUAAGAAUGAAAAAACUCCAACUGAUUUAUGUCCUCCUUAUCUUAAAAGAAGAUUGUUAGAAAGUUAAUAAAAUAUUUUA